AUGACAUCUGAGAAUCCAUUGCAGCUUCUCUUCCAAACGUUUGAGAAGGUAUCAAAUAGCAUCCAAACCCAUCUCUUCCAAUUCCUAAAAUUGCCCAACAACCCACACGCCAAGCCGCUCUUUGCUAUCUCUGCACCUCCAAAACCAAACCACUUGGCUCCAACACCUGCCGUCUCUGCUCUUCUCCACCCCAAUGACCUUCCAAAGAAGGAAAAGUCUGCUGGCCCAGUGAUUAAAGAAGAGCUUGGAAGGGCCACUUGGAUUUUUCUUCACACUCUUGCAGCUCAGUACCCAGAGAAGCCAACAAGGCAACAAAAGAAGGAUGUAAAAGAAUUGAUGGGAAUCUUAUCUCGCAUGUACCCAUGCAAGGACUGUGCUGAUCAUUUUAAAGAAGUUCUACGAGCAAAUCCUGUACAAGCCGGAUCUCAAGCUGAGUUUUCCCAAUGGUUGUGUCAUGUGCACAAUGUUGUUAAUAGAAGUUUGGGUAAACCCAUUUUCCCUUGUGAACGGGUUGAUGCACGGUGGGGUAAGCUCGAUUGUGAGCAGCGCAACUGUGAUUUGCAAGGAAGUGACAAACUUUGGUAACGAGACGUAUUCAAGUUUCCCAUAGGAAUUGGUGGUGGCUGAAUCUGUUGUGUAUUGAUGUUUUCAAAAGCCUAAGUAGUAGUUGAUGGGCUUAGCGGGUAUAUAUAUUUAGGGGGUGUUUGACAAAUAGCUGAUAGCUGGUUGGUUAUAAAAAAUUGUUUGGUUAAUUAGAUGUUUACUAGUAGUUGAUUGUAGAUGGGCGUAUAAUGUGAAGGUUAGUCUAGAUAGACAAGUUAAUAGACUUAAAACUUGACUUGUUGCUAAAGGAUACAC